UUUCAGAGUCAAUGCCUUUAUUAAACUUUAGGGGUUGGAGCCCCAGGAAAAAAUAGACUUCUGAGAGUAGGUCAACUGAGCUGUUUUUUGUUGUCUUGUUUCAGUUCUUAGAGGGCUGGCAUGGGAUUUUUCUCUCUGUGAAAGCUUCUGGUUACUUCUUUUUGCUCCUCUGGGAUAGGUUCCAUACACCUUAGAUCAUAGCCAGAAAAACAACACUUUUCAUUUCCCUUGCAAUUUUGAUCUUCCUCACAAGUGAUAGUCUGCUUUUUCUUGGGGCACCAUUAAUCACAACAGGACUUCAACCAGGUUUAGCUUUGAUAGGCAUGGUACAUAUUUGACCAUAAGAGCUAACACAAUAUUUAACCUCCCCAUCACAGUCCUAGUCAGUCUUUUAUGUAACAUCACAAAGCAGAUAGUCCCCAGAUGAGGAAGAAGAGGUUGCUAGGGGACACAUAUCAGGCUUCUUUUCUGUGGGGGUUCAUAAAUAGCCAGCUGUAGUGCUUUUUGUAGCAUUUCAGAUCUUGGGGGUAAUUUGUAUCCUCACAUGCCCUUUUACAAUCAGUUAUAGUUGACAAGACCUGGUGGAAGGCUGGGCAGCGCGCAGACUUCUAUUGAAUUCUGAGCAGCCCAUGCUCCUAGGGCCAGCAGGGCCACAGCAAAAAUCUGGACUGACUGCAUCAUGAGAUUCUCUCCUGCUGGGAUGUGACAUUGGGGGAAGUUGCAGAGAGGCAUAUUUGAGGCAUUUUUAAGGAGAAAAUUCUUCAAUAGAGAUAUCCAAAAGCAGAGUGGACUUUCCUCAGGAGGUGGUAGGUUUCCACCAUCCUAUAGGCUUUGAAACAAAGGUCCGAUGUUGUAAAAGGGUUCUUGGCCUUGACAAAUAGGGGCUUGAUUAAAAGACUUCUCACUCUCUCUUUUUUAAAUUUGGCAUAUCAUGUAAAACAUACUUCCAUAUAGGUCACUGUUUUAAGAGAAUAUGCAUAUACCAUAAAAUAAAAAUAUAAUAAAUAGUAAACCAAUGUGGAAAAGAGCAUGUUUUGAUCUGCCUCAGUUUUUUCUCUGGAGGUGGAGAGCAUUAUUUGACUUAAGUCUUUGAUCAGUGUAUUGCUGAGAGUAACUAAGUCUUUCACAGCUGAUCAGCUUUGGGUAUUGUUGUUACUAUGUACAAUGCUCUCCCAGUUUUGCUUAUUUUGCUUUGUAUUAAUUCAUGUAGGUUUUUUCAGUUUUUUCCGAAAUCAUGCUGCUCAUCAUUUCUUAUAGCACAAUAGUAUUCCAUCAACAUCAUAUACCACAAUUUAUUUCCUCAUUCCCCAAUUUAUGGGCAUCCCCUCAAUUUUCAAUUCUUUGCUACUAUAAAAAGAGCAGCUAUAAAUACUUGCACAAGUAGGUCCUCCCCCUACCCCCUUUUUAAAUAAUCUCUUUAGGAUAUAGACCACCUUUCUUCUAACUUGGAUUCAGUAAAUGCCAGUCUGAGCAGGAGAGAUGGGAAGGUCCUUAAAGAGAACUUCAAGUGAGAUAACGAAUCUUCAGAACUUUGCAAACUUUAUGUGUCAGUCCUGGUGGUCUUCAUCAUUUGCAACUGCAGCAGCUGAUCUAAACCCUUCUUUUUACAGAUGGGAAAACAGGACAAUGAGCCACGAUUUGCACAAGUUCCGUUGACACUCAAUAUCCACAACAUCAGGGUGACAAGUCUGUUUCUCCUUCUUCCAGUUCUUUUUGGCGCGUCACAGGUCAUAGGUCAUACCACAACCCCACAGAGGUGCGGGGUGGGAGCGUGCAGGCGGACCGUAGCCCUUGACCACGGGACAGAAGGUCACCGAGGUCCCCUUCUGGGCUCACACUAUGGUGGGUACGUCUUCGCCUAAGCCUGGCCGGAGUGGGAGCAGGUGCACCCACAUCUCAUUCUUUUCGACUGAUCGUGCCCCAGGACGAGAUGCAGAAGAUGCGAUUCAGUCGCUAGGAAAGUUUCCGACGGUCACUGGAGAAGCUGAGGAUCCAGAGGGCGGCCGCCCUGCAGGCAAAUGGUCUGAACAGCCUUGUCGCUCCAGGUGACGUAAACGGUCCACGCCACGCGCCUUGUGAAGUCCCCGGUUGCUGCCUCGUUCUGAUUUCCAGGCUUGUCUUUAACUCACUCGCGAUCCCUGUUCUAUUCAUUCUUCGACCCCUACAACAGUUCACUGUGGGGAAGUCGUUUCUCGGGAGUCGGACAUGGCGCGGGAGCUCCGGGCACUGCUGCUGCUCGGGGGCCGACACCUACGGCCUCUGCUCGGGUCAAGGGAGCCGGGGCUGCGGGCUGUCGCCGUAGGAAGACUCUCUCCAUGUCUGUGGAGAAAUAUUGAGAUUGUGAGCCCUGUGCGGAACAUGGUUGUUACUAACAUAUGUGGUGGACAGAAAUAUAGUACACAAGCAGCUGAAGAUAAAAAGGAGGAGCCACUGCGUACUAUCAUCAGCAGCACAGAGACUGUACAGGGUUCUGUCUCAAAACACGAGUUCCAGGCUGAGACAAAGAAGCUUUUGGACAUUGUUGCUCGGUCCUUGUACUCAGAGAAGGAGGUAUUUAUACGAGAAUUGAUCUCCAAUAGUAGUGAUGCCUUGGAAAAAUUGCGCCAUAAGUUGAUGUCAGAAGGCCAGACUUUGCCAGAAAUGGAGAUUCACUUGCAGACAGACAGUGAAAAAGGCACCAUUACAAUCCAGGACACUGGCAUUGGCAUGACACAAGAUGAAUUGGUUUCCAAUUUGGGAACUAUUGCCAGAUCAGGCUCAAAGGCAUUUCUGGAUGCCCUGCAGAACCAGGGAGAGGCAAGCAGCAAGAUCAUUGGGCAGUUUGGAGUGGGCUUUUACUCUGCUUUCAUGGUAGCUGAUAAGGUAGAAGUUUAUUCACAGUCAGCAGAGCCUGGGAGCUCAGCUUACCAGUGGCUGUCAGAUGGCUCUGGAGUAUUUGAACUUGCAGAAGCUUCUGGUGUUAGAACUGGAACCAAAAUAAUCAUCCACCUCAAAUCAGAUUGCAAAGAGUUUGCCAAUGAAGACCGAGUACAGGAGGUAGUGAAAAAAUACAGCAACUUUGUUAGCUUUCCGCUUUACCUAAAUGGAAAACGCAUCAAUACUUUACAGGCACUUUGGAUGAUGGACUCUAAAGACAUUAGUGAAUGGCAACACGAGGAAUUCUAUCGCUAUGUUGCCCAAGCUUAUGAUAAACCCCGCUAUACUCUCCACUACAAGACUGAUGCACCACUUAACAUACGAAGUAUCUUCUAUGUGCCAGAAACAAAGCCUUCCAUGUUUGAUGUCAGCCGAGAACUGGGCUCCAGUGUUGCACUCUAUAGUCGAAAAGUUCUGAUCCAGACCAAAUCUUCUGACAUCCUGCCCAAGUGGCUGCGCUUCCUGCGAGGUGUUGUGGACAGUGAGGAUAUUCCCCUGAAUCUCAGCCGGGAGCUUCUUCAAGAAAGUGCACUCAUCCGAAAACUGAGAGAUGUUUUACAACAGAAGCUGAUAAAAUUUUUUAUUGACCAGAGUAAAAGAGACCCUGAGAAGUAUGCCAAGUUCUUUGAAGAUUAUGGAUUGUUUAUGAGGGAGGGGAUUGUCACUAUUGCUGAUCAGGAAGUCAAGGAGGAUAUUGCAAAGCUCUUGCGUUAUGAAUCGUCAGCUUUGCCUGCUGGCCAGUUGACCAACCUUGUGGAAUAUUCCAGUCGGAUGCAAGCUGGUACAAGGAACAUCUACUACCUGUGUGCCCCCAACCGACACCUGGCUGAACACUCACCAUACUAUGAGGCCAUGAAGCAGAAGAACAUGGAGGUGCUCUUUUGCUAUGAACAGUUUGAUGAAUUGACCUUACUGCAUCUUCGAGAGUUUGACAAGAAGAAGCUGAUUUCUGUGGAAACUGAUAUCGUUGUUGAUCACUACAAAGAGGAGAAAUUUGAGGAAGGUUCUCAAGCUACUGAACAUCUUUCAGAGAAGGAGGCAGAAGAUCUAACAGCCUGGAUGAGAAAUGCACUGGGUACUCGGGUCACUAAUGUCAAGGUGACUCUUCGUCUGGACACUCAUCCUGCCAUGAUCACUGUGCUAGAGAUGGGAGCUGCCAGGCAUUUCCUGCGCAUGCAACAGUUGGCCAAAACCAAUGAGGAACGUGCCCAGAUUCUACAGCCUACCCUUGAGAUCAAUACCAGGCAUCCUCUGAUCAAGAAGCUGAAUCAGUUGAGGGAGACUCAGCCUGACCUGGCCCAGCUGCUAAUUGAUCAGAUAUAUGAGAAUGCUAUGAUAGCAGCAGGACUGAAUGAUGACCCUAGGCCAAUGGUGGGCCGUUUGAAUGAACUUCUCACCAAAGUUCUUGAAAAAUACUGACUGACUACAGGUGUAUUCAAAGGACAGACAUCUCUUUCUGGCAAAUUCUAUUAAGUCCCUUAAGAGCCGGAAGUAAUUUUGAAUUGAUGGAGCAUCAGAAGAUGUGCUCUUAUUGUAGAUGGGGUGAAGAAAGGAAAUAUGUAUAAUUCAAAGACCCUCUGACCUUCUGUAGUAAAACAAGUAACAAGAAGUCUCUCCUUUACACAAAAACAAAUUUGAACUGUGAAGUACUGGCUUACACAAAGGGGAUAUACUCAAGGAAAUUAAAGUCUUUUUUAAAAUA